UUGAAAAGAGUUGGGUAUAUUUGAUGUAUUAAAAAUACAGAAAAAAAUUUGCAGGUUGUGGCUGUGCUGUCACACGUGAAAUUAUUUCUGAAUUUCAUCAUUUUUUCAAAUAUUUUUUACAAUAAUAUAGGUAAAAAUGCCUCUCUCCUGUAGAUUUUACAGGGAAAAAUACCCUGAGGUCGAAGAUGUGGUGAUGGUAAACGUUCGAGCCAUUGCAGAAAUGGGGGCUUACGUCCAUUUACUGGAGUAUAAGAACAUUGAAGGCAUGAUUUUGCUUUCUGAAUUGUCGAGAAGACGUAUUCGUUCAAUAAAUAAAUUAAUUAGAGUAGGAAAAACGGAACCUGUUGUUGUAAUAAGAGUGGACAAGGACAAGGGUUACAUUGACUUGUCAAAAAGGCGUGUUAGUGCUGAAGAUGUAGAGAAGUGCACUGAACGAUUUGCUAAAGCAAAAGCUGUCAAUUCGAUCCUCAGGCACGUCGCUGAAUUGCUCAAAUAUGAGUCAGAUGAGCAGUUGGAGGAGUUGUACCAAAAAACUGCUUGGUACUUUGAAGAGAAGUACAAGAAAAACAAAGCAAGUGCUUAUGAUUUCUUCAAGCAGGCAGUCGCUGAUCCCAGCAUAUUGGCAGAAUGUGAGUUGGACGAUAGAACCAAGGAAGUAUUGUUGAGUAAUAUCAAGAGGAAAUUGACUUCUCAGGCAGUUAAAAUUCGCGCUGAUAUCGAAUGUGCAUGUUAUGGCUAUGAGGGAAUUGACGCUGUUAAAACAGCCUUGAAGUCCGGUUUGUCGCUCUCAACCGAGGAAUUACCGAUUAAGAUCAAUCUUAUUGCCCCUCCUCUUUAUGUAAUGACCACUUCCACGCCUGAAAAACAAGACGGUCUAAAAAUACUAAACGAUGCUAUUGAGAAAAUAAAAGCAACAAUUUCUGAAUUAGGUGGAGUUUUUAAUGUUCAAAUGGCCCCUAAAGUUGUAACAGCUACUGAUGAAGCUGAGUUACAAAGACAAAUGGAAAGAGCUGAAUUGGAAAACACUGAAGUUGCGGGCGACGACGAUGAUGAAGAAGAUGGAGAUGAGGGACAAGUUUAUAAUGAAAAUGAUAAUGAAUCUGAACCUGAAGAAAAUUAAACAACUCACAAAAAUUUUAUGAUUAAAUACCAUGUGUAUUAUAAGUUUUUAUAUUGAAGCUUGUGGUUUAAUUCAAUAUUUUAAGCCAAUAAAAUAUUGUAAAGGUGAAAA